AUGGGGCGAGGACGCGCGGGAGGGCGGUACGGUCGCGUCGCGCGGGCGUGCGCGACCGUGGCGGCGCUCGCGGCGUUUGCGCGAGCGGCGAGCGCGGAUUAUGAGACGGCUUUCGAGCGACGCGCGAUGGAGAAAGACGCGGCGACGUGGCGAGACGACGCGCGCGUUGAGGAGGCGUCGCGCGUCGACGACGGGGCGAACGGUCGAAUGCGGGGCGAGGCGGGGUGGAGACGCGAGGUUGAUGAGGGAACGAUGACGGACGGGACGACGUCGCGCGCGCGCGAGGAGGCGUACGACGCGGCGCGCGAACGAGACGGGCAUGAGACGUCCGUGGGAUCGAUAGAGGGGACGUACGACGCGCAUGAUGGUAUGGGACGAGAGCCAGAGCGCGAACCGGAGCCGGAACAGGAACUCGAUCCCGAACCCGAACGGAAGCCAGAGCCAGAAGAGGAACCGGAAGCGGCGCCACAACUCCGGCCAAAGGUGGCGCAAAAGGUCUCGAUUCCGCCAGAUUCAGACGCCGAGACGGCGUUGCUUUAUCUUCGCGAAUGGCUGAGCGUGAACAGAGUGCCGGUGAAGCACGACGCAACGGCGGUGGAGACAGUGGCUGCGGUGUCGGAUUCGUUAUUGAAAACGAGUAAGGCGAUGCGGUCGAUGAAGAAAACCGUGAAAGAGACCGAAGAUAAAGUCAUUGGUCUUGAGUCCGAGCUCCAGUCGGAAAUUGAGAUACAGCGUAAAGCGUUCGCCGAACGCGACGAGCUUCUGCGUAGGUUGAGCGAGCUAGAGGAUGCGGCGAGCGAAGAGUCGAAGGCGAGCGAAGAUUUUCGCGCAUACAUAGCUGAUCUGGAGACGCAACUUACCGAAGCGCAUCGUAGCUCUGCGAGCGCCGAGAAUUUGCAGGAGCAGUUGAAGGAGAAGGCAAGCGCGCUCGUGGCUCUCGAGGAGAACAUGAAGGUGUUAGAGACGCAGCUCGACAAAGCGCGACAAAGCGCAAACGAGAAAAAUUUGGAGCUAGAGCGUAAGGUGCAUGCCUUGGAGGACAAAAUUUCGAUCGAUGCUGAAGACGAUGUCGAUGAAAAAGAACGACUCAGAACGCAGAUCGCUGAGUUGGAGGGUCAACUCGCUGAACAAGGCGAAUCAAACACCGAUUCACUGUCAGGUGACUCUGAGAAACGCAUUAGGCAGCUCACUACGGAGUUGGAAGAGCUACGCGCUAGUGGUGAGACGUGUUCUCCUGGAAACGUGGAGUCUCAGACCCAUGCCCCAGGUGGCGACAUGAAGGCGCUGCAAGAGGAUUACGACCUUCUCAGGGAAGAGUACGACAAACUCGUUCUAUCGGCGGUGUCAAAGAAAGAUUUCGACGAGGUCAACUCACAAGUAAUCCUCUUGACGUCUGAAAUCGAUGAUACUCGCCUGGAGCUCGAACGUGCUAAGUCCGAAGCACUUACUCUGCACGAAUCGCUCAACAAAGUGCAAAACUCAGACGAAGCGCUGAAGAAGUGCGAGGCUGCAAAAUCAGCGUGCAGCAACACGCUCGCUGCUCAGAACGAUGCCGUGCAGAAGCUCAAAAAGGCACUCCAGGAAUGUUCUGAACGCGAGCCCGAGCCCACUAUCGCUACUGAUUGUCACUGCGAAGAUGAGUGCAGCGCGCAGCUGAACAAAUUGCGGAACAACUUGCAGAAACAAGCAGACUCUUUGCGCCAGCGCACUUUUGAAGCUGAGGUCAAAUUUGAGGAUCAGAAGGAGAGAUGCGACGAAAUCGAGCGGGAACAUAACGUCACCAAGAGCGAUCUCCGCGAGCAAACCGAGCUAGUGGAAUCGACAAAAAAGACUUUGGAGGAAGAGCGUGAUAUGAAGGAGUCUGGCUGUCCUCCAUGCGCGCAGCAAUCGCAGUCUGAUGAAAAUAUUGAAGAAGUUUCCAAGUCGGCGGAAGUGAUAGAAUCGAAUGUCACCGCGUCAACAAUCGAUGAUAGGCGUGUCGAUGAAGCGGAAAUAGUGGAACCACGCGAGAAGGGUCAAGUCGAUGAAGCGGAAAUAAUGGAACCACGCGAGAAGGGUCAAGUCGAUGAAGCGGAAAUAAUGGAACCACGCGAGAAGAGUCAAGUCGAUGAAAGUGGAAUGAACAGUGAGGUUGAAGUACGCGCAGAUGAGGUCGCUCCACACGAUCUGAGUGUGCCGCCCGAUCAUCCCGUGGAGACGCCUGAAAAAGCUGUUGUUGAGGAGACCACUGAAGUUCCCACCGGAAUCGAAGAGAAUCAAACAGAAACUAUCGUCGCCGAGCAACAUGUGCACGAUGAAGUACCCGUCGUCGCGCACGAAGUACCAACAGCUUUGGAAAACGACAUCGCAGAAGGUGACGGCGACUUGGACACAGUUGCGAAGGCCGAACUCGCAGAGUUGAACUGGAAUGACGGGGACGAAGAGGUCAACGAAGAGCGGGAAUCGUCCGAGGUAGGCAGCGCACGCGCGGUGAUCGAUAAAGUGGCGAACGUGAUUACAACCAUCCUCUCGUCGAUGUUCAGCAUCCUCUCCAGAGUCAUGGAGUUGAUCCUCAAGCAAAUGUGGAAGACCAAGCACGGUAAUAAACUUUUGUCGUUCAUGGAACAGUGCGAUAAUAUGUUUACCUCAGUGGCGUCGAAAGUAGACUCAAUGGUCGGUACAGAAAUCGCAUCCAAUAAGGAUCUGAUAAAGUUCAGCGUACAUGCGACAAUUUUUGGUCCGCCAAUAAUCUUGACGUUCAUAUUGAUGCGUGUAGUGAGUGUUUUACUCGGCGGAGGAUCGAGCAAGGCCUCGCAAGCGCAGGGUAAGUGGAAAGGUCCGCCAUCGCGAGCGCCUGGGAUGCCUCAGCAACCCGAAGCUCCUCGCCGUAACGAUGUCCCGCCUUUUCAGUACGGAGACCAAGCGACGCGUGUCAAUCCCAGCUCCAGUGCUGGCCCGGCGCCUCCACCUAUGAUGAUGGCUCCUCCCGUUGGUCCGAUGGCUCACGGUAUCCCGUCGCCGGCCACGUCCCCUCGCGGUGGUUCGCCGCAUUAUCCGACACCGACGCCGUUCGGAAACCCGUACACGUCGAUGAGCAAUCCGCCUCCGCAUAUCGGUGAGGCGCCUCCCUCGCAAACAGUCAACCAGCCUUCACAACCGCCAGGGCCCGGAGCGAAUCCGAUCAUGCAGCGCACACCGAGUCUAACGGGUCCAAAUGGACAGCCCAUGGACGAAAUGCCGGGCGAUGGCGGGAUCGACAGCGAAUCUGGCGCCCAGAGCGCACCGUUUGUGAUGAUGGGUAACCCCGCGAUGACGCCGCAGUGGCAAUCGGCGCAGCAACUUCCAGGGGCGCGAACAGGUCCAGUGCCGAGCGCAUCGCUCGCAGCUCGCGCUCCGCAGGCGAGCGCGCCACUGUUUAUAGAUUCCGCUGGCGGUCGCGGGCCACCUCCACCCGGGAGAGGAGCGCCACACGGCGGGAGAGGACGCGGACCACCACCGGGGCGAGGAUACCCGGGACGUGGACCACCACCGCCUGGUCGAGGCUAUCCUGGUCGAGGUCCCCCGCCACCAUUCGCGCCGACGAAACGAGAUUAG